ACGAGCUCAUUCAAACGUUUGCUACCAAGCCGAACACAUCUACAAAAUAUAUUUACAAAAGGUUAAUUUUCAAAAUUGAAAGUUUCGAAUAUUUAUUUCGAAACAUAAAACCGUGAUACUUUCGAGUGAAACCAUCUAUAAAGUUUUAAAGUUACUUGCCACAGCCCCUUCCAAAAGACUCUACCCAGUUUAUAGAUCGCCGCAAUCCUCUCAUGUCCAGAGACAUGUCCGACCACUCCGAGGACGACUUUGAGGCGAGGCUGCGGGAGCUUGUCGAUCAUUUCAGGACCUUGAAUUUGGUGGCAGUUCCACCUCGAGUGCGCAAUGGCUACGGCCAGAAUGGUUAUGCCAAUCGUAGGCCUGCCUUCAAUAGGAAUAGAGCUGGCCCCAGUGGGAAUGAAAAUGCCCCCAACAGGAAUUCCCCUCGUCGGAAUCCCUUCGACCGCGACGGUCUCGAUAAUCCGGAAAUGAAUGUGAAUCGCUUUGCACAUGUGAACAAUCAGAAUGCCGUACAAGAUGUCCAUACUGACAGUGUACCCCGUAAUGUCGCUAACGUCAGGAACUUCCGUAAUGUCAACAAUAGGAACAUCACCUUUAAUGGUCACAACUUUGGUAUCGCCCAUGGUGCCAACAAUCCUGCUAAUCCCCAAAAUGACAGCAACAGUAGUAACCUCCGUAAUGCAAACAAUGGUGGUCCUACUUUUAAUAUUGCUAGGAAUGCUACUGCAUCCAAUAACGCUAGCAAUGGUAGUCUAUUCAUCACUGUUAGAAACGCAUCUACGGUCGGUGGUGGUGUUGCCAAUAGUAACCCGGUCGUGGCGAAUAACCCUGCUGGGAAUGUCCCGAAUCUCCAGUGGAGCAGAAGGAUGCCACCUAGAACCCAAACAUAGACAAUAACAUUAACCGCAUGUUAUUGGAUAACAAAGUCUGGAUCGCAAAUAGA